AUGGACUCCUUUACUUUCUCUAUGCAGCCGCCAGCACAGGGAAUAACCGGGCUCAACUCCAAUAAACAGCCACAAUAUCCCAUCUUUAAUGACGGCCUACAAGUACGCAUGACUGUGUUCGUCGAUGAGCAGAACUGUGACCCGGAGAACGAGGUCGACGCCGACGACGAUCGAAGCUGGCAUUGGCUUGUAUAUGCUGGUGACGUUGAUGGCGGCUGCAAGGCUGUAGGCGUGGUUCGCCUUGUCCCGCCACCGCAUGGAGGGCAUCAGCACCAACAUGAGAGCGGAAAGCCGUUUGUCAAGAUUGGUCGACUGGCCGUUCUGCCUACUUAUCGAGGGAAAGGGCUUGCUCGAAGAUUAGUCGAGAUGGCGCUGGAAUGGGCGGCUGAGCAUAAGUUGGACGUGGGCGGUGGAUGGGAGGGCUUGGUUUUGAUACAUGCCCAGACGGAUGUGGAGGCAAUACAAACAGAAGAAAGGAAAAAUAAGAAGAUAAAGAAGAAGGAAGAAGGAAGAAGGAAGAAGAAAUAG